AUGUCUGCAGAGGUCUCCUCCACUCGCCUCUACCUGGGCAAUCUUCCUCGUGACGUCACAAAGGAAGACAUCCAGAACCACUUCAAGGAUGGUACUGGAAACAUCACCGAGAUCAAGCUCAUGAACGGCUUCGGCUUCAUCGAGUACGAUGAUGCAUUGGAUGCUAGGGAUGUGGUUCCUGCUUUCCAUGGAUCCGACAUGAACGGAUCCCGCUUGACCGUUCAAUUUGCCCGCGGCUCCCGUCAACGAGACUUUCCUGCGCCCGACCGUACGCAUCCUCGUCCCAGACGUACGGCCUAUCGUAUGCAGAUCUCUGGUCUUCCGGGGGAAACCAGUUGGCAGGAUCUCAAAGAUUUUGCACGUCGCUCUGGGCUUGACGUCGUCUACUCCGAGGUUGGCCGCGACCGCGAUGGCAAAGGAUUCGUGGAAUUCGAGACCGCCGGAGACCUGAAAGUCGCCGUUGACAAAUUGGACAAUCAAGAUUUCAAAGGAGCUAGCGUUCGCUGCCUGGCUGAUACGAGGUUCCCCGCAACGACCGCUAUCGCUCUCGCUCGCCCCCACCAUUCUCGUCGGGGCGGCGGCGGCGGCGGCUAUCCACCAUCAGAUGGCUACUACGGCCGUGGUCCACCUCCAUCGCGUGGCUACAGCCCCCGUCGUGAUGAUUACCGUCGCCGCUCCCCACCCCGUGAUGAUUACUACUCCCGUCACAGCAGCUACCGUUCUCCGCCUCCACCUCGCGCAGCUCGCCCGCCCGUUGACGAUCCUUAUCCACCACCCGCUCGUAGCGGUUACCGCGAUGAUCCUUACGGCGCUCCACCUCGUCGUGGAUAUGAGGACCCGUAUGCUGCCAAUGGAUAUGAUAGGCCUAGGGCUCGAUCGCCUCCGAGGGCUUAUGGCGGUUACGAUGAGCGUCCCCCGCCGCCGAGAUACUGGUGA